AUGGUGAAGAUUGACACCUUCGCGGUGGAGCAGGUAUUGCCCUUCCCCCGCACCACUCUGGCCAUUGCUAACCAAAACCAGUGGAUGGACAAGUAUGAGACCACUGCGAAGUACAAUAUUGCCGAGACCUGCUGCGCAUCAAUCUCCGUCGAUGACCUCUGUGCAAUCUCCGACGAUAAAGAGUCCAAUCCCUUGACCCAGCUUCAAUCCACCAAACUCACGUACGGCGCAAUUCGGGGAUCCGAUAAGCUGCGAACCACCCUGUCCAAUCUAUACUCGGCCAGAGCGCCCGUAGUGCUCCCAAAAGAGAACAUUCUGAUAACCGCCGGUGCAAUUCAAGCGAACUUCUUGCUGCUAUAUACGCUGAUUGGACCCGGGGACCACGUCAUCUGCCACUACCCAACAUACCAGCAGUUAUAUUCUAUUCCAGAAUCACUCGGAGCUGAAGUCAGCCUGUGGAAGUCCAAGGAGAGCGAUGGGUGGCAGUUGGAUCUGGACGAGCUGCAAAGUCUUAUCCGACCCAAUACGAAGAUGAUUAUCAUAAAUAACCCGCAAAACCCCACCGGAGCGAUCAUUCCUCGCGAUACCCUGGAGAAAUUGGUGGGCAUCGCCCGCGAGAAGUCUAUCAUCAUCCACUCUGAUGAGGUCUAUCGUCCAAUCUUCCAUGGCAUCGGCCCGGCAGACCCAAAAUUCCCACCGACCAUCCUUUCGCUGGGCUAUGAGCAUACCGUGGCAACCGGAUCUAUCUCCAAGGCCUAUAGCCUAGCAGGUCUGCGCGUUGGAUGGGUUGCAUCGCGCGAAAAGGCCAUUGUCGAGGCUCUUGCUAAUGCGCGCGAUUACACUACUAUCUCAGUUGGUCAGAUUGACGACUCAAUCGCCAGUUUUGCACUGGCGCCGGAUUGCAUCCACAAUCUUUUGAAGCGCAACAUCGAUUUAGCCCGGGCCAACCUUGCAAUGUUGGAGCAAUUCAUUGAAUCUCACCGGUGGGCUUGCGAUUGGGUCAAACCUCAAGCCGGCACCACUGCGUUUGUUCGGUUCAAUAAGAUGGGGAAGCCGGUGGACGAUGUUGCCUUUUGCGAGAUGCUCCAGGAACGCACCGGUGUAAUGCUCGUUCCAGGCAGUCUCUGCUUUGGUGGCGGAGAAGACUUCAAGGGGUAUGUCCGCAUUGGGUAUGUUAAUGAGACCGAGAUUUUGGAGCAGGGAUUGAAUGCGUUACGGGACUUCAUGGAGGAAGGCUACGAGGAUGUACCUGUGGUCAAGAAGCUUGUGAGGAGAUGA